CCCGAGCUCCUCCCCCCCCGACGCCCUGUCCGUGCUGCGGCUCCGGGCCGGUCGCCAUGGCCGACAGUGAGGCUGGCUGCAGCAGCCCCGGCAUGUCUCUGAGGGCCCUCAGUGACCGGAGCCGCCUAGAGGCGGCGAUCCUGAGCGGCUGGAGGAGCUUCUGGCAGUCGGUGGGCAAGGAGAGGCCGGGGCCCGGCGCUACGGACGACGAGGAGGCCAGCGCCCUAACGAGGCUGCCGAUUUAUGUGCAGUUGUACAUUAUGUCAUUUCUUUCACCUCAUGAUCUGUUUGAACUGGGAAGGACAAGUCGAUAUUGGAAUGUAACUGUGCGAGAUCCUAUGCUGUGGAAAUUUUUUCUUUUGCGGGAUCUUCCCUCUUGGUCAUCUGUUGACUGGAAGUCUCUACCAGACCUACAAGCCUUAAAAAAACCGUUAUCUGAGGUUAUUGACAAUGAACUUUAUGACUAUAUGACAAUGUAUAAAAUGAGCUGUCCACAUACCAGAAGACAUUUGAAAUCCAGUCGCCACAUGUAUGGAGCUGUUGCCUCUUUUUUGCAGUCACUGAUCCUUCAGACAGAACCUCGAUUUGCUAUGUUUGGACCCGGUUUGGAAGAGCUGAAUGUAUCUUUGGUGUUGAGCUUGAUGUCUUGCAUGGAACUUUCCCCAAUGGCCGGUUUACCUCAGAGGCAAAUUGAUGGCAUUGGAUCAGGAAUCAGUUUUCAGUUGAGCAAUCAACAUAAAUUCAAUAUCCUGGUAUUAUAUUCAACCACUAGGAAGGAAAGGGAUAGAGCAAGAGAAGAGCAAACAAGUGCAGUCAACAAAAUAUUCAACAGGCCGAUUCCUGGAAAUGAUGAACAGAGGGGCCAAUGCAGUGUGAUUCCACAAAUUCAGAAGGUGUGUGAAGUGGUGGAUGGGUUCAUCUAUGUUGCAAAUGGUGAAGCUCACAAAAGACAUGAAUGGCAAGAUGAAUUUUCUCACAUUAUGGCAAUGACAGACUCAGCCUUUGGAUCCCCAGAAAGACCUUUGCUGGUUUUAUCUUGUAUUUCCCAAGCCACUGUAAAAAGGAUGCCUUGUCUUUAUUUGGCACAUGAGCUGAAACUAAGUGAACUUCAGCUGCCAUGGAUGGUACAGGAUGUAGAAGCUGAGACUUUAACUGGGUUUUUGAGUGGCAUUGAAUGGAUUCUUGGAGAAGUUGAUUAUAAACAUCCACGGUGAUCCUUCUCAUGUGCACUGACUUAAGGAGUAAGCCAUUUGAAAUUUGGUUUUAAGGACAUGAUGUAGGUGUUUCCUCAAGCUUGCUUUGCCCUUUCCUGGGUUUUCUGCCAGGUGAGAUUUAAAUGGGCGUAGCUGUAAUUGCUGAGUUUUCCAAGGUAAAUCUAGCUUUAAUCGUAAGUGAAUUACAAAGGAAAUGUAUAUGUGGUGGUACCUAACCCCCUCCCAGUGAAUCUUUUUGAGUUUUUUUAUGUUUUUUGAUAUUUUUAUUUUAAAUUUAAGUUUCUUUAUUUUGCUGUCCAUAAAUUCAGAAAUAUUAGCACACUUGUACAUUUUUGUACAUUUGUUCCGAACUUUUCACUUCUGCUACUCUGUUGAGAGAUUGUAAUUUUAAGAAGUACCUGGUUUUCCAAGCUUUCUGGGGGCUUUCCUGAGGAUCCAUAAAUCAUUAUCAGGGAAGAGAUACCCAGUCUUUAUGUGCUGCUUGGAAAUAACUGGUUGGUAUGGUUCCAGUGGUCACUCUUAAUUCCAUAUACUAAAUUCCUUGUGCUUAUUGAACAUUAGUGGAAGCAACUUUUCUUGGCAGAUUUUUCUGAUUUUUUUAUAAAGUUGGAAAGCUCAUGAUGUACCAAACCCACAUUCUAUGUGAUAAAUGUGGAAAAUAUAUUCAGGAGUUGUACCUGUAUUCUAAACUUUUUUCAUAUACUGUUAAUAGCAGUGGAAAUUUAAUAGUGUAAUUGAGAGCUAAGAAAUGUAAAGAUUUUAAUAAAAGUAUAAAUACAUGCAUUAUUUAUACAAGUGUAACAUUUAAAUGUGUUUUCUGAUAGGAAAAAAUUGGUACUUGAAAUUAAUUUUUAUAAGCACCUUACCUAACUUCUCAAAUAAAUUUGCAGUCAUUUUUCACUAA